AUGAAAGAAGGCGUACAGAAGGCAUUGGAACUUAAUGGAAGUGACAUGAUAGGAUGUAAACUUGUACUUGAGAAGGUUGUAGUGAGAGAUUCCUUCCGAUUUGGCGGUCUUGGCGGCCAAUUGCUCAGUGUUGGCGGCCGAUAUCGUGCUGGUCGUUGUGGAGGUUUAAGGCUUUGUAAAAUGUGUCGAGGUUUUGGUGGUCUUGGAAAACAGACUUAG